GUGCACUGGCCGGGUCAGGACCCGUCUCCGCGCAGUCCAGCUCUGCGGCUUCUGCCACCCGCGGAUUCGCCGCCGCCUGAGCGUCUCACGCCCCUCAGUCCUGGAUCAGGAGGGAAUCUUGGAGACAAGACCAAGUGCAUCGCUUCAGACAAGAUCUCCACGUUCAGGCCUCCUAUUUCCAGAGAAUUGUCAACGCUUGGGGGAGAAAUUGACUUUUGUCACUCAACCCCUCUCCUCCACCCCGCAACCUCGCUGGCCGUUCAUCUUCUUUUUUGUAAUUCCUUGGGUGAACAUCCCACACCCCAGGCUUUAGCCCUCUGGCCAGUGUUGGUGUCUGAACAACCAUCCUCUGGAGCCAUUGCUUUGGGCCGUGGGCUGCGCAGCCAGGCCUGAGUGCUAAAGUGGCCAUGUCCACCAAGGUCCCCAUCUAUCUGAAGCGCAGCAGUCGCAAGGGCAAGAAGGAGAAGCUGCGGGACCUGCUGUCCUCCGACAUGAUCAGCCCGCCGCUCGGGGACUUCCGCCACACCAUCCAUAUUGGCAGUGGUGGCGGAGAUGACAUGUUUGGGGACAUCUCCUUCCUGCAAGGCAAGUUCCACCUUCUGCCAGGAACAGCGGUGGAGGAGUCGGAGGAGGAUGGCAGCUUCGACCUCCCUUUCCAGUUCACCCGCACAGCCACGCUGUGUGGGAGGGAGCACCCUGACGGGCCAUCGCCGCUGCUCAAGAACGCCAUCUCCCUCCCGGUCAUCGGCGGGCCCCAGGCCCUCACGCUGCCCACAGCGCAGGCGCCGCCCAAGCCCCCUCGCCUGCACCUGGAGACGCCUCAGUCUUCCCCACAGGAGGCAGGAAGUGUGGACAUCUGGAGGAUUCCGGAGGCUAGCUCUCCCCACAAUGGGCUCACCCCGGAGUCGGGGGCUGAAGAGCCCUUCCUGUCUCAGGCCAGCUCCCUGCUGUCCUUGCACGUGGACCUGGGGCCCUCUAUAUUGGAUGACGUCCUUCAGAUCAUGGAUCAGGAACUGGACCAUGUGCAGAUUCCCACAUAGGACAGUAGGCGGAGCAGGCAAGGGUACCCAGGCUGGGAUGACAUCUGGAGACAGGGGGUAGACCCGGGCCUGGCCUAGCAGUGAGGAUCCCAGGUCCCAUCUGUGAGCAUUGGCCAGUGAUUCUCAUUUUGAGCAGUUUCCCUCCCUUCUUUUCCCCAUGGGCACACUGGGUCUCCACACUCUUCCUGAUCAAUCCACCAAGGACACACGUAAAUGUUGGUCCACAGUGCCCUGAGCAUCUCGGGCCAGCGGGCCCUGCCCUUCCUACGAGUCCCUAGGGGAAAAGCUCUGCUGAAAUGGAACUCUGCCUUGAAGCACGCAUGGGGCUGAUUGAAGGGUAGGCAUUUCCUGUUCUCUGGCUUUGUUUUCCAGACUGGGAGCAUGGCCUCAGCGACACAUCUGUCCUGCGUCAUGCUCUGCCCCAUCCCUUCUUUACAUGACCAGGGGAUUCUGGUUGCAAUAAAACAUGGUUGCUGCUGCUGCUGUGGUGGCUGAGGA